AUGGCCAAAGUGUCGCAGCCGGAGCUCAAACGCUUCCUUGACAAGCGCAUCGCUGUCAACAUUCAAGGCGGACGCAAGAUCCAGGGCACACUUCGAGGAUUCGACAUGUUCCUCAACCUUGUUGUCGACGAUGCCAUCGAACAAGUCCAUCCCGAGGCAGGAAACCCUAAUGUAUGGCAAGAUGGCGAUCGAUGCGGCACUGUAGUGGUCCGAGGCAACAGCGUCACCUCACUAGAGGCGCUCGAAAACGUCAAGACAAGGUGA